AAUGGUUGCUAACCCUUCUUUGGUACAAAUAUAUAAAGAGCAUAGAGAGGCAGUUCAAUCCGUUAAUUUUCAUCCUUUUAUGAAACAACUAGUAUCUGGUGGAAUGGAUUGUUCUGUAUUUCUUUGGAAUUUAGGCUUGAAAACUGCUGUUCAUAAAUACAUUGGCCAUACGGAUACAAUUACAUCUGUUACAUUCUCACCUUCGGGUCGUCUAAUUGCAUCAUCGUCAAGGGAUAAGACAUUAAGAUUAUGGUUGCCUAAUGUAACUUUAGAUCCGAAAAUCUGCAGAGUUCAUAGUGCUACAAUUCGAAGUGUUGACUUUGCACUGGAGGAUCAAACGCUAUGCACAGCUUCCGACGAUUCGACAGUCAAGAUUUGGUCGGUUGAAAGAUAUAGCUCAUUAUUGACUUUAUCAGGUCAUGGAAACUGGGUACGACGUGCAAGAUUUUCACCUGAUGCACGUAUGAUUGUAUCCGGAAGUGAUGAUUUAACAGUUAAAUUAUGGGAUCGGGAUAAUGGAGACUGCAUUCAAACACUAACCAAUUUAUCAGACUACAUUAACGACGUUGCUUUCCAUCCAAGUGGAAUGUUAGUUGCGGCCGCAUCUGCCGAUUGUUCAGUUAGAAUAUGGGAUUGUAGGAUGAGAAAUAAAUUAUUACAAUACUUUAAAAGUCAUUCAGGGCCAGUUAAUAGUAUUUCUUUCCAUAUAUCUGGUAAAUAUUUAUUAUCGGCUUCUGACGAUUCAACUUUUAAAGUUCUAGACCUAAUGAAGGAGAAAGUCUUAUUUAACGUUCAAGGUCAUAAGGGACCUACAACGUCUGUUUCUUUUAAUCCUAAUGGCGGUUAUUUUGCUACGAGUGGAACAGAUGAGAAAAUUCUUAUUUGGAAAACUAACUUUGAUGGAAAUACGGACAGAGAUAGUAUUAUUCCUAGCAAUCUCACUCAAGAAAGAUUUUCUUUAACAAACGACCCUACAAGUAGUACUACUCGCUUCAAACAUGACGGUAGUACACUAAUUCCCGUAAGAAUUACAAAAGAAAAUAGUGAUAAUAUCAGACGAAAUGAGACUUUUACAGCUAAUCAUUUUUCAAAUGAAAUUCCACAGAAUGAAAGCAAAGCUAUUAACUCUUUAAAAAAAUUGGCUAAUCAAAUCGACAUAAUGAAUAAUACAAUUAAUCUCCUACAAGAAAGACUAAUUACAGCGCAAGGUAUAUUAAAGAAAUGUACAACAAAACCGUCUUAG